GAGGUGUGUACAGCUGCGUAAUAAUGCGUAAUGAUCGGUGCCACAAGGGUCAAAGACCCGUCUGUUUUAAAUGCUCGACAAACCCCGCGUUUCAAGAAGUUCGUUAUUCCCUUUGUAAAACUUGGCUGCACACUCUCCACCGGAGUUGGGAGCCUAAAGAUGAUGCCGAGGACUUUGCUAUCGAAGGCGGCGCUCCUGGCUCAGCAAGCCGCUUUGGAGAACUCCCUACCCUCAAAGGUGCCGCUCUGGUGUCGCUCAGUGUCCUCCGUGACUAUUCCCCCUCCAGCUUGCAUGCUGCGGCCACUCGAAGCACCUUUUCGCUAUUUAUUUGGACCGGGUCCCUCCAAUGUACCACCACGCAUUUUAGCAGCAUCAGGAAGACCGAUAAUUGGUCAUUUACACCAAGAGAUGUACCAGAUUAUGGAUGAUAUCAAAAAGGGAAUCCAGUACGCUUUUCAGACAGAGAACAACAUGACUCUUGCUAUGAGUGGGUCUGGUCACACUGCGAUGGAAUGCGCGGUCUUUAACACGGUGGAGCCUGGAGAGAGCGUCCUUGUAGCCAUCAACGGCAUCUGGGGAGAACGAGUUGCGGAAAUAGCCGAAAGGAUGGGUGCUAAAGUUCACACAAUGGUAAAAACACCAGGUGGCUAUUUUACAAAUGAAGAAAUCGAACAGGCUCUAGCAAAACAUAAACCGGUCCUCUUCUUCCUCACACACGGAGAGUCCUCAGCCGGCCUCGUUCAACCAAUGGAUGGAAUUGGAGACUUGUGUCACAAACACAAUUGCUUGCUCUUAGUGGACACGGUUGCAUCACUUGGAAGCGCCCCUAUUUACAUGGAUCAGCAAAAUAUUGACAUCCUGUACACUGGCUCCCAGAAGGCCUUGAAUGCACCUCCAGGCACAGCACCAAUAUCCUUUAGUGAACGAGCAUGCCACAAGAUGUUUAACAGAAAAACAAAACCCGUGUCCUACCUCCUUGAUAUGACCUAUUUGUCAAACUACUGGGGCUGCGACGGCAAGCCAGCAAGAAUAUACCAUCACACAGGGCCUGUGUCUGGGUUUUUCGCCUUGAGAGAAAGUCUAGCCAUCCUUGCUGAGAAGGGCCUAGAGAAUUCGUGGAGACACCAUAGGGAAGUGGCUGAGUAUCUGUGGAAGGGUUUGGAAGACCUGGGCCUUCAGCUUUUCAUCAAGGACAAGGAAUUGAGGUUGCCCUCAGUUACCACCAUUGCUAUUCCUGAAGGUUAUAACUGGCGAGAGCUCUUAGCUUAUAUCAUGAAGCACCAUCAAAUGGAGAUGACUGGUGGGCUUGGUCCCUCUGUUGGCAUGGUUAUGCGAGUGGGGCUGAUGGGAUACAACUGCAACAAAGGGAACGCUGAUAUGGCUCUGGCUGCCCUGGCCGAUGCUCUUAAAAACUGCCCCAAGAGCAAGGCCUAGAGAAAGGCUUCAACUGAAUACAGGCUCUUCAGGAGCAUCUGUCUCAGCCAAAAUGCAGUCUAUGACAUCCAUGGAUAGAACCUUGUACAGAUGCCACGUUAUUGAACUAUUAUGGAGGGGUGCUUUAAACACUUUUAUAAGAAAUAUAAAAACAUCUAUAUGCUAUAUAAACAUGUAUAAUACUAUGUGCAUCCUGACAGACCAUGUAAAAUUGUAAUGAUUUAGAAUUUAGAUAACUUUUGUAGAAUUUAGAGUAUGUUGGAAAUUAGAUAGAAAGUUUUUUUUUCUUCUCAGUGAGUUCAAUAUCAAAAUGAAUUAUGCUAAUUCAAAAAUGUUCUGUAAAUUGUGUUCAUGUUCAUGUUUUUCACUUCCAUUCAUAAUAAAAUAAGGAUACAAAAAUUAAACCAA